GGAGCGAUCCCUCCCCCCUCCCCCUACUCUCUCUCUGUCAUCGUCUACCUUUAACUCUUUUCACAAUUUCUCUGUCCCACUUCAGGUACCGUACCUUCAAUCCAUCUCUCUCUCUCUCCUCCCUUUUAGAUCUCAGUUAUGGCUUUUCCGGGUUGGAUCCAACGUGUUCAUAGAUAGGAUUAGCUGAGACGGAAUCGAAUUGCUGCCAUGGAGUUUCAUUAUUGUUUCUUGGGUUGCAAAAUGAGAAGUUUUGAUACGCUGAAUUAAAGGCAAUAAGGUUUUUCCAAACUGGGAUUUGGAUUGGCAUUGCAAUCAAUAAAUUUCUUUGCGAAGGCGUUAUCAGCUUACUGAUUUUGGGGCUCUAAUCCGUUCAGUUAAGUUGGUACCGUCUUUGCAUCAUGCCAUAUUAUAUUCAGAGACUCUAUAAUGUAUGCAAAUCUUCAUAUACGCCGACCGGACCUUUGUCAGAAGAAGCCCUGGAAAGAGUUCGUGUCAAACUAGAGAAAAUUAAGCCUGCAGAUGUAGGUCUCGAACAGGAGGCACAAGUGGUGCGUAAUUGGUCAGGUGCUAUGCCUGAGCAUAAUGGGAUUCAGCAGUCACUUCCACCAAUCAAAUACUUGCAUUUACAUGAGUGUGGUAGCUUUUCUAUAGGAAUUUUUUGCAUGCCGCCUUCCUCUAUCAUACCUCUUCAUAAUCAUCCUGGAAUGACUGUGUUGAGCAAGCUUCUAUAUGGUACAUUACGUGUUAAUUCAUAUGACUGGGUUGAUUUUCCUGGCCCUGCCGAUCCAUCAGAAGCGAGACCUGCAAAGCUGGUCAAAGACACUGACAUGACCGCGCCCUGUCCACCAACAGUUCUUUACCCCACAACUGGAGGCAAUAUCCAUAGCUUUAGAGCUAUAACUCCCUGCGCCAUCUUUGACAUCCUAGCUCCGCCUUACUCUUCUGAAGAAGGACGACACUGCAGUUAUUACCGGAAGUCCUCAAGAAGAGAUCUGCCUGCUGAUCUUGAGCUCGAUGGAGUUAUAGAGCCUCAAGUGACUUGGCUAGAAGAGUUUCAACCUCCCGAAAACUUUGUGAUUCGCAGAGGGCUGUACAAGGGCCCCGUUAUUAGAACUUGAGAAUUCUUGUUACAUUUCUAGCUGAAUUUGCUUUUUUCAAGAUAGGAAACAUUGAGGGGAACAACAGUGGCAAUAAUUUUGGGUUAUGUAAGUUGCGCAUUUGACUUGUACAUAAUAACUACGCCGUUGUAGUCAGAUUUACUGACUUUGCAUUGAACUAGGAGAGUAGUCGAUGAAAGUUGUCAAAAAAUGAAAUCAUGGACAUUCACAUUCC